AUGCAUAAGAAAGAAGAAAUUAAAACCGAAUUAAACGAUGCAAAAGUAUUUUUUAAGAAGGCAGUCGAGGAGUUUGAGAAGUGGGAGAAGAGGAAAUAUAAAGGGGAGAAGUUGAACGAGAUAGAAGAUGAAUUAAUGAAGGGGAGCUUGAGUGAAAAACAGAGAAGAG